AUGCGUCUAGUUAUACUGGCGCCUUCUUGGCUUCUCUUUGGUUGCUGCAUAGCCAAGCAGUCAACUCCUGGUGGUCCAUUCUCCUUGGGAUCCUCCGGGUCAACCGUUCAGCACACUUUGGACAGCAUCAUACCCGCCACCGACCCCAACUCUGGCCGCGUGAAGUGCUGCCCCAUCGGUACUGACUUCGACGGCAAGAGCUGUGUUGUCACGGGGCCGACCUGCCCUACAGGCACGUACCGCAAAGGCAAACACUGCCUUCACAACGCUCCUCCGGAAUGCGGCAACGGUUACGAGUUCACUGACGGCCAGUGUGUCUCUCGGAAGCCGCCUGCAUGUGACCAAGGCACGAUGCUUGUUGGCAAACAAUGUGUCCACAAGAGUCCCCCUACCUGUGCCGACGGUUUUCAGCUUCGAGGCGCCAUCUGCGAGUCCCUCAAGAAGCCUCAGUGUCCUGAGGGUGAUGUCGUUCAUGGAGCUAGCUGUGUCACGCCCGAGGGCCCAUACUGUCCUGACGGGUCCAAAGUCGAGGGCGCUUCGUGCAUCUCCAAGCGAGACCCUCAGUGUCCCAAAGGAGCUCGCUAUGUGACUUCGACUCGGCAGUGCAUCUCGGAGAAGUCCCCUCAAUGCCCUGAUGGAACGACUCUUGAGUUUGGCCAAUGCAAUUCUUCCGAAGGACCGAAGUGCCAAGGCGAAUUGACCUUUGAUUCUGAACGCGGAUCCUGCACAGUGAGCAGCAAGCCCCAAUGCCCUGACGGCACAACUCUUCAGGGCCAGUCAUGUGUGGAAGUGGGCGAAGCCAAAUGCCCCCCUGAAACCAAGAUCUUCAUAGACAAAGCUUCAGGGACUUCUCGCUGCUGUCCGGACGGGACGACUCUGUCGGGAGAGACUUGCAAGACCACUACAGCCACUGAGGAUUGCCCAACUGGCACAUCGUACAAAGACGGAGAGUGUGUCAAGUAUUCCAACCCUCAACCUUCGUGUCCGAGCGGAUGGUUGCUGGAGGCAGAUCAGUGCGUGAAGCGACUACUUCAAGAGUGCCCCGGCAACUCAUACCCAGAAGGCAACACCUGCGUAUCCUCCUUGGAAGUUCCCGAUUGCCCCGAUGGAUACCUCUACCACGAUUCAAGAUGCGUUCUCCGAGAGGCUCCCACAUGCUCUGGUCAAACGGUCCUCGAGGGCGACAAGUGCGUCAGCGUUGCCAGUCCUACGUGCGACGGUGCGUCUGCGGAGUGGGACGGCAAACAGUGCAACCUCAACCGGAGACCCGAGUGCGCAAGAGGAGUGCUCCACGAUGGCGAAUGCGUCAUUGGUAGCAAGCCCUCUUGCCCCGAAGGCACUGCUUUUGAUGGUGUGGGUUGUUUAUCCAUCAAAGACGCCCCCGUCUGCCCGUCUGGUUCAGUGCUCAACCAGGAAGGGCAAUGCAUAACGACUGUCCAGGCCACUUGCACACCACCGGCAGUCUACCGAGAUGGACGUUGCGUUCAGGGUCAACCUACAUGCCAAGCUGGGUUCGUCCUCACCGAUGACGGUUGCCGAUCGGUAGAUGGACCUGACUGUCCCGAUGGCAAGACCAUGAUCAAGGGAACCUGCGUCUCGGUUGAGAAAGAAUCAUGCAAGCCCGGUUACGUUCUCAAAGCUGGGCAAUGCGUAUCACCGACGCCGCCCAGCUGCGGUGCCAAUCAAGUCUUCAACGGCACUGGCUGUGUGGGAGUCGUGCCCGAUUGUCCCGACAAGACCUAUUUCGAAAACGGCCAGUGUGUCUCGAGCAACGAUCCCAAGUGCGAUGAGAACUUUGUAUUCAACGGCAAGAACUGCGUUGCUAUCAAGGAGCCAAGUUGUCCCGAAGGCAACGCAUACGAUGCCGACACUGGGGAGUGUUUCGAAAAAGUCCAACCAGAGUGCCAGGAGGGCGAGGUCUUCAAAGACGGACGCUGCAAGUUGGUUACUGCGGCGUGUAUCGAGUACAAAUUCUGUUCGACCGAGGCACAUGCGCUUUUUGGGUCUGGUGGCCCAGGCAAACCAGGCGGCAAGAAGGGAUCCAAGACCCCUUUGGCUUCAAAGCCUACAUCCAGUGAAGGCGUCAACGCAGGAACACCAGGUGAUAUGCAGGCGGGCAAGGAUACCACAAAUCUGCCAAACACUGAGCAACCAGGAAUCCCUACGUCGCCAGGCACAGGAACGGCCUAUGGAAACACAGACAGACUUCCAAACCCAAAUGACCAAGUACCCGAUCCUGCCUCUAUCGGCAAGGGCGGCUAUGGCAGAGCUGAGACAGGUCCUGGAGCGCAAGGGCUCAGUCAACCUCCGGCCGGGUCCCAGUAUCCUCCAGGUGGCGCCGGCCCCGGUUCCGGCGCAACCGAUCUUGGACAAAACCCGAGCGGAUCCCAGCAUUCCCCGAGUGGUGCCGGCACCGGCCCUGGAGCAAGCGGCCCCAGAGAACCUUCCUUUGGGUCCCAGUAUCCUUCAGGCAAUACCGGCCCCGUGGCUGGAGCUGAUGGCCUCAGACAGCCUCCGGUUGGAUCCCAGUAUCCCCCGGGAGGCGCUAGCGCCGGAUCAGGUGGUAAUUCGGCAGCUGGCGGAGCUCAAGACGGUGCUGCCCGAGGGAAGGGCGGACGAUGGGUCGAGUUCGAAGAGAUGCCCGAUCCGAGACGAGGUCGAAAGUGGGUUGAGGACGACGAUGCUGAUACUCAUGGAGGCAUUCCAUCAGGUCAAGGCAACGGUCGAGUUGGAUAUGCCGGGGAAGGUGGCAAUCAGAAUGCCGGGGGCGGUCGCUACGAAUGGAGCUGGACCUCAGAUGGUGGCAAUGUUGAUUCACGUCCUGGCGGUGAUUGGCAGAUUGACGCCAACAUUGGGGGUAUUCCAGAUGGCCCGGGACGCAGAUUCCCGGGUGGCAGCGGCCAGGCGCAACCGGAUGGUCAACAAGUUCCAGCAGGAGGAGCCGAUGAAGACUCACACCUGUCCAGGCUUCUAAAGGGCGGUGAUGGAUACAUCAAAGGCGUCGUGGGGGACUUGCCGAACUCUGCAGAGGGCAUCCAGAAGCCAGUUGGAGACGCUGCGGAUGAUUCUCAUCUGUCAAGAAUGAUGAGGGGCGAAACUGGACAUCUUGGAGACCCAUCUGGAGGAAAGUCGAAGUUUGAGGGCGACAGCGCUGGAGCUGCGCCAGGAGGUAUACCUCAGCCAUCAGGAGGUGCCUCCGGUGACUCUCAUCUGGACAAACUUAUGAAGGGAGAUCAGGGUUACAUCAAAGGCUCUAUAGGGGACCUCCAAGGUGGAAGAUCAGGGCCAGGAUCUGAAGGCGCACCAGGGCCCACUGGAGAUGCCCCUGGAAACUCUCACCUCGAUAGACUUAUGGAAGGAGAUCAAGGUUACAUCAAAGGCUGCAUAGGAGAUCUGGGAAAUUCUCAAGGUGGAAGACCAGGGGCAGGAUCUGAAGGCACACCAAGACCGACUGGAGAUGCAUCUGGUGGCUCUCAUCUUGACAAGCUCCUGAAGGGAGAAGGUGGUUACCUCAAAGAUGGUUCGGGGGGUCUGGGGAACCAAGGUGGAAGGCCAGGGGCAGGAUCUGAAGGCAUCCAAAAGCCGACUGCAGGUGCCGCUGGUGACUCUCACUACUCGCAGAUAAUGAGCGGUGAAGCUGGACAUUUCAGGGAGGAUUCAGGCUACGCAGGAGGCGCCGGUGCUGACUCUCAGUAUAUGAAGAUCAUGAGAGGUGAAGGAUUCUGA